GGAGUUUCGAACUUUGGAACAGUCCAACGACAUCCUCAGCUAUGCGCCAUCCCUCGCGGACACGGGCCUAGUCUAAGUAGUCAUCCCAGCGUGUGAUGACGGUUUUGCCCUAUCGAACUUAUCGGCCCCCGGUCUUCUCCACUGUCAGAGCUGCAGAGAUCCUGUUCCCCACCCCGGUCUUUUCCCCCCCAGGUUCCAAUCCCCGUGCCUGACCGGUACUACUUGUUUGCCGGUCCAGGUCGAAUCAUGAGAUAAUGGGGGAGGAGGGUAGCCCCAACCCCGGAACCGGCGCGGAAGCAGAUAUCAAGUUCCAAAAUGUGAACGCUGAUAGUCCCCCAGCUCCUCCGCAUGCUCGUCCCAUUUCCAAUAAUCAUGCGGGGGACCGCUCGGCGUCCUCCAAAGACCGGUCUUCUAGACCGACUCAGCAAUCCGGUUCCAGGAACUUCGAGUUUGUCCUAGUCACCGAUAAUGAGUCCCGGCGCCAGGUUCGCCGGCAUGCUAUGCGCCAGUAUAUGCAUCAGCGGCGCCUGGACAGCAUCGCUCGACUAGGGACCGCGCGUGUGCCUGUCGGCGGUUGGACCACUCGCUCUCUACCGGACAGCCAUCCAUUCGUGUGCUCUCCGGUAGAAGAAAUCCAAGAUGAGCCUGCUACCAAGUCCGAAAAGGGCUCCCCGAGUAGCGAGGAGGACCGAUCCAGUCCAGAAAAGCCAAAGGGUCCAUCACGAUUGCUCAUCCCUAAAUUACAUAAAGUCAAACGCGAGGAGGCAUCUUCUUCACCUGCUGCCCACAAACCUAGACCUAACGCUUCGGAUCCUCGAUCCACUCCCGGGGAAGGACCGCUUCGCGACCCUUUUAGCUGUUAUCCAAUCCCUGUUAGUCACACAGACCAUGAAUUGAUCCAACAUUUUGUGGUGACAUACCCGUCUAUGAUGUAUAAGUUCGCCGACUCAAUUGCAAAUAACCCCAUGAUGGAGAUAUUCCGGCAAUUUGCACUGCAUGAUGGCCUGCCAUUCCAGGCCAUGCUCGCUAUUGCUUCGAAGCACCGUGCGGGUGUCGAAGGCAAAACCGAAUCCGUCCAAAGUCUGACCCAUAAGAUGCGAGCGCUGCGGUUAAUGAAUGAGCGCAUCCAAGCGGACUCUACUGGGCAGUAUGACGGAACCAUCUACGCUGUAGCCACAAUGGCUGUCAUCGAGAAAUGGUCCAAGGAUGCAUCCAUAGAGCGGAUGCAUUUCAGAGGUUUGGCUUCGAUGAUUCGAAGCCGGGGAGGAAUGCAAGGCAUGCGGCUUUCUAGUCCCUUCCUAGAGAAAGUGCUGUAUUGGGUGGAUUUCAGUUGCGCUUCAAAGGCGAUCGUCAGCACCUCUUUACCCUGGACUGGCGCUGUGUUAGAUACUCCCUCUCUCGACUUUGUGGACUCGAAUUUACACCUCGCAGUCCCCCACGAUUCGACAACUGCAGAAGAUCCCGAAAGCCUUUGUGAGCUCUUCCGCGCCUGCGAAGACUUUUUACGAUUCUUUCGUCGUCUCCGCGAACUAGAACGCCUGGCACUGGAUGCCCCUUACACCCUAAAACCAAAAACUACCCCUCAGCGAGCCAAACACUUCAGCCCUGGCACGCCACUGUAUACGAUUCUCACCAUGCUUCCCGACUAUGACCACGGAAUCCGGGAUAUCCGCUUCAUCGACGAAUACACCUGCAUGGCCUGCCUCUUCUUCCUCGCUAUGGCACUCUACGACUGUUACCUAAACUCAACCUGCCUCGACGGCUACUUGGACUGGCUAAGCAUAGAAAUCAAGAAACUCAACCCUUUCACCAAUCCCAGUAUUACUUCGGUGCUCUGGCUCUUCCUCAACAACGGCGGCUACCCACCAAACGACCCCGGAGACACCGGCGCUCGAUGCUGGAUCGUGUCACGCAUGGUGCGCAUCUCCAAGCGCCUCGAAUGGAAACGCCACGGCACCAUUUGGGACCGUCUCCGCCAAGUUCUCAUCGACUUUAUGGUCACCCAACAAGAGUGUGCCCUCGGAUCAGACCACAUCGACUCUGACGCUCUCGCCGCCCGCCAACAAAAGCGUCUCCGCGAUCAGGACUCCCCGGACUACUUCUGGAAUGAAGCCCAUAUGCGCGAAGACAUCCUCAAUUUCAACCUAUCCUCUGUUACGACCCAUGACGUGAGAGAUAUGAACGUACCUGUUUUCAUGUGACUUGGAGUUGUCCAUACAUGGCAUUUCUUUUUUAUCAAUAUCUGCAUUCACGCCCACUCGGGCGUUGGCUUCGUGGGGUUGCAUGCGUGCUGUUUACAAUGAAUGAGACAAGACGGAUCAAUGGAUGGGAUGGAUGGAUGGACGGUGUUUGGGCGUCCUAUGAGAUGAGUACACUCCUCAGCAAGGGUGCAUGAUUGUUCAUUGGGGAGAAAUUUCCUUGGCAUUUGAUCUAGACUGAGAUAGAGCUGGAUAGGUAGAGAUUACAAUAAAGGAG